CAUGACACAAAAAAACAAUUUUUUAGAAGUUUAGUGAAUCUAAUAUACUCAUGCGAAUUUUAGGACUUUGUAAUAAUCCCCAAGAGCUAUGAUAAAUGUUAAAAGAUGCUCAGAGUUUCUUUGCCUUCAGGGCUUGCUUAGACAGAGGACUCAUCUUACAAUCAGGCUCCAUCACGUGACUCAUGACAUUCCUGAGUCUCUAUAUAAAUAUCUUCAGCCAUUUAGAAGUUCUGCCAAACUCCAGAAGAGCCGCAAGAAGAUACAAGCUUCACAAGAGACUUAGCUCUUCAGUUUGUGCAUCAUCUAGGUCAUCUACGUAGGCUGCUCUGAAGAUAUGGAGCGCCUGGAAAACUCCACAGAACCCUCCAAACGCCUCUUCCUGCACACACAGAGCGCCGCUGGCUCCCAGGCGGACAAGAGCGACGGGAACGCGUACCUGUACAUAUUAAUAGUCAUGUCUUUCUACGGGGUCUUCCUCUGUGGUAUAAUGCUGGGCUACUUCCGCUCCAAGAGGAGGGAAAAGAGGAGGAUCAACAUUUUCACGCGCCUGGUGCACGAGGAGGAGCAGCGAGAGUGGGGCGCGCUUCCCAAGAAGCACAGCCUCACCUUUCCCGCCACUGCGUCGGGACUAUGCUCGGUGCAGGUGUCCCUGCCUUUCUGCGGUAACCAAGACAACCACUUUGGACAUCUCCACUACGAGGGUGCGCUGCACUCACCGCUGGCGUGCGCGCUGUGCACGGAGCAAAGCAGCAUCAGCUCCCUGUGCUCCUCCGCGGACACGCGCACCGCCAUUGAGGAGGAGGAGUCGGACAGCGGCACUGCGGAGGGACCGGAGGAGAACCUGAAGGGAGGGUCCGAGAACAGCGGAGAUGAUUCAGGCUGAACUCCACCCAGAAAAACUGUGUGACAAAGCGUUCAAAAGAGGAGGAACGUCACUUGGAGAAAAGACCAGCAGGUUCUCAGGCGUCUUCACGUCACAGAGGCCCAAACAUCAGCAAUGGCUAAUCAUAUGUUUGCCAUAAAAACUCCCCCAAACUACAUAUCCAACACACUUUAUCCAUAAAAGGGUCAAGCAUUUAAUUCAUACUGAAAAGAUAUCAUGUGAUGGAGACUCUGAUGGAGACCUUCAGGUCAAAAAGAGCUGCUUAGAAGAAAUUUUUUGCCACAAAUCAUUUUUGUUUCAAACACUUUUGUGUGAUCACUGCUCCAUAUUUUUAUAAAAAUGAAAACAAAUUCAACUCAAGUGCCAAACUUUUCCCUGUAGCUGCUGAUAUGGAUGCCUUAUGGAAAAAUAUUGAAUAAUGUAGACUGAAGAUCAUAGUGAGCGUGAGACAUAUGAAUACAGUGUUUGUUUUUUAAAUGCAUUCAGCAUUUGGGAUAACUCAUCAGUAGUCAAUCUUAUAUUAAAAUGACACUGAGCUACACUCAAUAGAAAUAAAACAGACUUUUUGCUAUGUUGUACUAGAUUAUUAUAUUCACUGGAGCCCCCUCCACACGCCACACUGAGAACCUCCGUCUGGUUUGGGCUGAUGACUCACCCUGCAGGGGACUGAGUGGAAGCUUUUUGGACUGAACUUGACUUUUCUCUUGCCUCUCGGUCUGGAGAAUUGAAAUGCACCUGGAACCCACUUGAAAGAUGUUAGGCUCGUUUGUCUGCAACUCAAAUGUCUUUGUUGUAGCUUCAUGAUCGACACACUGUCCACACAUAGUCGAUGAUGGUUUACUUGAUGAAAGCGAUGCACUGUACAUAUUGUUUGUAUUUGUCACUCUGUAAGGCUUAAUUUAAGAUGGAAUCUUUGUAGUGACUCAGAAUAAAACAAAUAAAUGCUCAGAGUUGAUGCAA